AUGGUCAUUCUUAAUUCUUCUAUUUUCUAUCAUACAAUAAAACAGAUCAAGUUUGUUCAACAUGACAUUGAAAGUUUACGUCAAGAAGCCGAGUCGCUCAAAAAUCAAAUACGUGAUGCCAGAAAGGCAGCUUGUGAUGCUACUCUAUUACAAGUAGCACAAAAUGUCGAUCAGAUUGGUCGUAUUCAAAUGCGUACAAGACGAACUCUUCGUGGUCAUCUUGCCAAAAUUUAUGCCAUGCAUUGGGGUUCGGAUUCAAGUUCCUCUUCUAGAAAUUUAGUAUCAGCUUCUCAAGAUGGAAAACUCAUUGUAUGGGAUUCAUAUACCACGAACAAGGUUCACGCUAUCCCACUACGUUCAUCAUGGGUGAUGACAUGCGCCUAUGCACCAUCUGGAAAUUUUGUAGCUUGUGGUGGUCUUGAUAAUAUUUGUUCAAUUUAUUCAUUAAAAACACGUGAAGGCAAUGUACGUGUUAGUCGAGAAUUACCCGGUCAUACGGGAUAUUUAUCAUGCUGUCGUUUUCUUGAUGAUUCUCAAAUUGUGACAAGUUCAGGCGAUAUGACAUGUGCUCUGUGGGAUAUUGAAACUGGACAACAAACAACUAGUUUUCAAGGACAUACAGGUGAUGUUAUGUCACUUUCAUUAUCACCCGAUAUGAAAACAUUUGUUUCGGGUGCAUGCGAUGCCUCUGCCAAACUUUGGGAUAUACGAGAAGGCAUGUGUAAACAAACAUUUCCCGGCCAUGAGUCGGAUAUCAAUGCUGUUACUUUUUUUCCAAAUGGAUCGGCAUUUGCUACGGGAUCUGAUGAUGCAACUUGUCGUCUCUUUGAUAUUCGUGCUGAUCAAGAAGUAGGAAUGUAUUCCCAUGACAAUAUUAUAUGUGGUAUAACAUCGGUUGCCUUCUCCAAAUCGGGUCGUCUUCUAUUGGCCGGUUACGAUGAUUUUAAUUGCAAUGUUUGGGACACACUUCGUCUUGAACGUGCUGGCGUUUUGGCUGGUCACGAUAAUCGUGUCAGUUGUCUUGGUGUAACUGAAGAUGGAAUGGCCGUAGCGACUGGCUCGUGGGAUAGCUUUUUGAGGAUUUGGAAUUAG